ACAACAAAACACAUGCAACGGAGGUGAUAGAGUACAAAACUUUUCUCUCUCUCGGUUUCUUUUCUGUUAAUUCUGAUAAGUUCUGAACUUCAAGUUCUCUCCUAGUUCUGUGCCUAGACUCGACAGUUUGAAGCUUGAAGGAUGUGUAUAGCUGCUUUUGUUUGGCAAGCUCACCCGCUCUACCCUCUUCUGCUGCUGCAAAACAGAGAUGAGUACCACAACAGGCCUACAAAGCCAGUGGCAUGGUGGGAUGGUGGAGAAAUCUUGGGAGGAAGGGAUGAAGUUGCUGGAGGGACGUGGUUGGCCUGUUCAAGACAAGGUAGAGUGGCUUUUCUUACAAACGUGUUGGAGCUUCAUACCCUCCCAGAGGCAAAGAGCCGUGGGGACCUUCCUGUACUUUUCUUGGAGAGCAAAAAGAGUCCAAGGGAAUUUGCAGAGGAACUGAUGACGGAGGCUCAUCAGUACAAUGGGUUCAACCUGAUACUGGCCGACAUCCGGUCCAUGUCAAUGGUUUAUGUCUCCAACAGACCCAAAGGAGAACCCAUUCUCAUUCAAAAGGUUUCUCCAGGCAUUCAUGUACUUUCCAAUGCAAAGCUUGACUCACCCUGGCACAAGGCUCAACUUCUAAGACAAGAUUUCAAAGAACUGCUAAAUAAGUAUGGAAAAGGUGAAAUAGCUUUGAAGGAGAUGGUUGAGAAUGUAAUGAAGAACACAACUAAAGCUGAUGAAAGCAGGUUGCCUGGUAUUUGUGCUCUCGAUUGGGAAUUCAGUCUUAGCUCCAUAUUCGUUGAAGUAGACACCCCACUGGGGCGUUAUGGCACAAGGAGCACUGCAGCAUUGACCAUAAGAGCAAGUGGGAAAGUAAGUUUUUAUGAGAAGUAUCUUGAAAAGGAUACAUGGAAGGAGAAAACAGUGAACUUUAAUAUUUAGAAGUAGUUCGACACAACAAAUUGCUGAUGCCUAAAAAUACUGAUCAUCAUUAGCUUUAUCUGUUUAUUAAUGAUGAUUCAUGUAUCAAAUUAAAGCAGAAAUGCACAGACCCGAGUUGUCACAGUAAAAAUAAAACAAAUGAAUAAAAUUGUAUCUGAUAUAAGUUCCCCAUUGUGAAAUACAUGGCCGAUAUAUUC